AUGGCUGGUGCACGCAACGCCGAGCUAGAGGGGAUGAAGGAGACGGAAGCGCGCAAGCAACACGCGGAGGAGCUGAGCCAAAGUUUGCUCCAGGCUUCCCGCAAAGCGGAACAGCAGAAACGACGAGAGCAGCGUGCCUUAGGGGAGAAGACCAGAGACCAAAUUCAGAUGGUCAAAGAUGUGGCUCGAAGUUUUUUUUCCAGCUCAAAGAAGCUGCGCUACUCACCUGCCAUGACCCCACACCUUUCCUGUGCCCUGUGGGCCCUUUCGGUGGCCGCGGCCACCGCUUCCAACGAAUUUCUGGUGCCCAACUGGGUGCCUUCCAAGCGACUUCGGAUACGCAAUGCCUGCCAGAGUGAGCCGGUCUGGAUUGCUCACAUGGCAGGCCAGGGUAUCGGCCCCGAUCUGCAGAAUGUGAAGAUUGAAGCAAACUCCAUGUGGGAUUUUGUGACCCCCUCCAACUUGUCCAGCACUCGGUACUGGCCCAAGUUCCGUUGCGACGACCGCGGAAACGGCUGCCUGAUUGGCGAAAGUGGCGGCCCCGUUCAGGCCUGCGGCCAGGAAGGGUGCGCACCCCCUGUCGAUACCAAAUUCGAAGCAACUUUUGGGGUGCAAGCGGAAGCAUGCAAUGGGGAGCAGAAAGGCUGUGACUGGGUGGACAUAAGUUUGGUGGAUGGCUUCACAGUGCCCUUCGAAUUGUCCAUUCAUGGCACCUGCUACAACGGAUCUGGCACUUUGAUCCAGGAUUCUCAAAAGCAUAUUGAUUGUUCUGGCUUGGAUUUGUAUCACUGCCCAGCCUUUGAAGAUGUGGCAGGCGACACAGUGGACCUGCGAGCCACCAUGGGUGGCAAGGUGCUGGGUUGCUAUUCGCCAUGUAGCAAGAUGACACUGCGACAAUGGGACAACGACCUGGCGGUAGGACGUUCCCCAAAGGACCACGAUUUGUUGCCGUACUGCUGCCCCACACCACCGGUCUCCCCUGAAGAGUGCAAGGCUGGACCGAUCAGGUCAACGGAAUAUGUCCAAACCCUCAAGAGGAUGUGCCCUGGCGUUUAUGGCUUCGCUUACGAUGACGGUAUGGGACUCUUGCGCUGCGACUCUUCCACCAAGUAUUUGUUCACCGUCGGCUGUCCCAAGACCCCGGAUGUGGGUAUCCCAGAUGAAUUGAUUGCCAAAAGGAAACUUUGGAGACUUCCUCCUUUGCCCUCGGUGCCCACCAAAGGUUGUCACAUCGGCGCCGUGGCCAUUUGCCCGGAUGGCGGCCGUUGCAGCGCAGAAUCGCCUUGCUGUUCAGAUGGCAGCUUGUGCCCCUCGUGGGGUGCGAUGGAAGAUGCCUCGGCUGGAUGCCCACAGCCCAAAAGGCUCACGUGCGUUGCAGAAACAUCCUGGCCCAGUCUGGACAUGUGCGAAGUGGGUGAUUUCGUGCCAUGCCCCGUGUCUGGUCCGCAGUUAGGAACACGUGUUGCCCUGACGGCAGCGCUUGUCCUUCAGCAGCAACCAGUCAGCUAG